AUGUCACGUCACGGAGGCUCGCCGAUGUUGCUUGCUCGUUCCAAUAUGUCCUUCGUGCCUGGAAACAGCGAUCCGGUGGUUGAUUCUGGUAUGGACGAUAUGGACUGGCAGUGGGACUCAGAUGAUGAUCAAAAAGACGGCCGGCUUACAGAUUACACAGCUGAUCACAAGCAAACAUAUUUGAGUACUCCAAUAGAGCUGGAUCUGCCAGAUGCUUCCAGGCCACGUUUCAGCCGUCUUCGAGGAAGUCUGGACCUCAAACGGCCAUACAGCACAAUCGAAACGAAGGUGUCACCAGAUAUCACGAAGAGGAGAAAGAUUAACAUGCCUCCGGUCCCGCAGCGAUCCUCGGCAUCGUUGCUGUCCGAAAGCAUAGAUGUUAAACCGCAGAUGCCAUUGGGAACAUCUUCUGCUUCGGCUGGGCCAGCGUUUCGCGCGAAAAACAAUGGGCCCUUCCAGGAGAUGGAUUCCGAUGAUUCUGACGAUGAGGGGACAUCUCCACCAGCGCCUGCCUCGCCGCCAAAAAAUCUGUCCCACGGGCCGUCUCGUCUUUUGGAGCCGAAUGCUGACAAGGCAUUGGCAGCAAGUGCUGCAUGGCGAAAAGAGGCGCAGAAACGCAAACAGGCUGCCCAGCAAGAGGCACUCGAUAAUAUUUCGGAGCGGAGGAAGACGUCAGAUCAUCGCUUCGCAUCCAGCAGUACCUUCAAAGAUCGCGGAGAAUCAUCGCGACUGCGGCCUACAGAGACGCUGGGCUCGCGACUGCAGAGUCUGCCGGGCACGAAAGCUCGGCCAUCCUCAAAGCCGCUGGCACGGGAAGUCAUCACCAUCGACUCUGAUUCAGAAGGCUCUUCCCGACCUCACCGAUCAAAGAACAGAAAACCAGUCAAGAGCUCUGCUCGCCACAAGACCUCCGAACAGCACUCGAGGUCCGAUGCUCCAACCACCGGGCAGGCUGACUUUGCAUCGUGGUCAGAUCGACUUCAGCAACUCAAGAAGGAGCGUUCGGUUGUCGCAUCUUCUACGCCACAGUCGACGAUUCGGCCUAGUAUUGAGAUCCCAGAUGCCGCUGCGAGUAUUGAAAAGGCCGAUGAUAGACGAAAGCGAAUCGAUGCAGAGGGCACGAAGAACUUCGAGGAGAGAAUGGCAUUGGAGCUUGAACGUGGCCGUGCAGCAGAGCAGCAGCGUAAACAGCGGGAACGCGAGGCAGAUGCAGCUCUGAGGCAUCAACGUGAGGAAGAAACCCGAGCCAAACGAGAACAGGCGUCCAAAGCCCGACAAGCUGCAAUUGAACUCAAGCGGCAGGAAGAACAAGAGAGACAGCGCAAGCAGGAGGCAGACGAUAAACUUAACAAAGAUCUCGCAGACCAAUUGCGAAGAACACGCGAAGAUAACAUCAAGAAGAAGGCAGAGGCAGACGCCAAACGCCAGAGAGAGAAAGUUGAGGAGGAGCAGCGGCGAGACGCAGAGCGCACACGCUCGAUCGAGCAGAAGAAAGCCGAGCUGGCGAAGCGUUCGUCGAUUCUAGACGAGAAAGCUCAGAAGCAGAGGGAUGAGCGGAUCCGGCAGAAACAGGAGCGCGCAGCUCGCAACAGGCAGGCCGAGCAAGAAGACAACAAUGUCGAUGAGCUGAUUGUUGAGGCAGCUCCGAGGCCAAAGUACAGAAGUGUCACGGCCACUGCACGGGGCUUGGAGCUCAGCAGCAAGCUGGUAGCUGAGCAAGACGACGUGGACACUGACACAUACACACCUACGCCGACUCUGGCAUCGAAACCUCUCGCCCUUAACAGCGCAGCCGGUGUCAAAGCAGUCGAGUCGGCAUCGAGACACGCUGGUGCCAAUUCUGCUCGCACUGGCCAUGAUCGCGUGCUGGGCGAGAUCCUUGACGAGGACGCGAAGCUAGUGCAGUGGAAAGAUACUGGUGACCAGUGGCCGGUCAUUGUUGAGAAGUACGAAAAGCUCACUGGAAACAAGCGCGCUGACAGCACUCUGCGCCAACGGUACAGACAGGUCAGCAGAGCUCUGAACGAGGCUAAUGUAGAUCCCAUGCUCAGACAGCGCAUGUCCAGAGGGGAUGAAGACGCGCGGCGGCAAGUCAAUAUCAAGGUUCACAGGCAGUGGCCACCUCCGGCAAAAGACUUCUCAGGCAGGGACGUACCCAAAGGACCAAACAUUAAACUCAUUAGGCGUCAGAUACCUCAGGACUCACUUCCAGCGCCUGGAGAAAUCCUGCCCAUUGAUGCGCUACUCGUACGUUGGCGUCGGGACAAAAUGGCCUGGUCCAAUGUCAUACAGAACUACGAGAGUAUUACAGGCGUGCGAAAGAGCGAGCCUACGCUAAGAGUUCGAUUCAAUGAGCUGGACAGAUCUCUCGAAGAUGCCAACGUGUUCCACGAUGAAAUCGAAGAUCUAUCCAACGACGCCCCAGGCGCGAGAGCCAAAGUCAAUGGCAAAGUCUGGCAGGUCUGGCCACCAGUGAUCAAGACUCAACAUACACCACGCACAGAAACUCCAGAGGCAAGAUUUCGGGGAAGACCGCCUAAAGUUGGCCCCUUUGGUUCUGGAUCUGGACCGCAGCGCCUGGAACCGCUCUCUCGUCCUGCUGUUACCAUUCAGCCACUGCUGCAACUCAAUGAGGAUUCAGACACCGAGGACUCCGAUCCGCGGCCGAGACCUCGAAUCGGAGGAAAGACGAUUAACAACGAAGUCUUCGGCACCUUCAUGCAACCUCGGGAUGGCGAUGAUGACGGCUCGAGCUCUACCGAUGGAUACGAAACUGACUUCGAUGAGAACAACCCCGCGGACUUUUACUAUUUUAUAUGGCGCGUCUACAGACGAGAGUGUAUCUUUGAAGACGAACAGGGAAAGGGCGACAUCAGAAGGAGUGAAUGGCGAGAUUGUGGCAAGACGUACGAGAACCUUGAUGAAGCAAACCAGGCCGCAGAAGCAGAAACAAAAUUGGUCCUUCCCGGUGGUCUGGACUUCCGAAAUGUCAGCUUUUCCGCAGACAGGAAGGUCCGUGACGAUGGCUGCCAUCGUUACACACUCAGCAGCCACAAAGUCGGCACCCUCCACGUCAAAGUCAAGAGGCAUGCGCGUCUGCCCUCAGAACGGAUACCUCCAAAGAGCAAAGGAGGUUGGCUUGCUGCCAUUCAAUACUCCGUCAAGGUACGUGAAGUGACGACAAAGAGAAUCUUCGACGAAGCCCUCCAACAGACCACGCUGAAGGAGAAAGAUUGGUGCGACGAGAUAGAUGGCACAUCAACAUCCUUCAUCGACCACGCAAAUUCGCGUGCCGCGGAUAUUUUCGCCGGAAAAAUCCUCGAUAAGACAGUGGACCUCCGACACAACUCAAUCGUCAAAGCCCGGAAGGUGGAGGAGUUGUUGCAGAACAUGAAGUGGGACGAACACCUAGGGGCACCGAAGUUCUAUGGCAAGCACGUGUUUCCAGGGAACGAGAAAGUGUUGGAGGUUUGGACAAAGGUCAACUUGGUGAAUGGACCAAGGAAUCAUUUCCAAAUCAGCAAGGCGAGUGAAGAAUAA